GGGGCCUCGGAGGGGCGGAGGAGAAGGAGGAGGCGGCGGCGGCGCCGGGCGGGCCCAUGUCGGCACCGGGCACAGGUUUGCCUGGGUAACACAAUGCCAGCUGAGCGCAAAAAGCCAGCAAAUAUGGAAGAAAAAGAAUCUCAGUUAAAUAAUAAAGAAAAAGAAUUCAGUGAAAGGCGACCAGUGAGCACCAGGGAGAAGCCAAAAGAAGAUGUGAAGGUUGGUAUGAAGAGAGAGACUUUAAAGGUUCCUGAAGAUAAAAAGAAAAAAAUGGAAGAGGAUAAAAGAAAGAAGGAAGACAAGGAGAGGAAGAAAAAGGAAGAGGAUAAAGUAAAGGCAGAAGAGGAGCAAAAGAAGAAAGAAGAAGAAGAAAAAAAGAAACUUGAAGAAGAGGAGAAAAAGAAACAAGAGGAGGAAGAAAAAAAGAAACAAGAAGAGGAAGCUGCUCAACUGAAGGAGAAGGAGGAAGCCCAUCAGCUCCAUCAGGAGGCCUGGGAGCGCCAUCAGGCGAGAAAAGAGCUCCGCAGCAAAAACCAGAACGCGCCGGAGAGUCGUCCCGAGGAAAACUUCUUCAGCAGGCUGGACUCCAGUCUGAAGAAGAACACAGCUUUUGUUAAGAAGCUAAAAACCAUUACAGAGCAACAAAGGGACUCCUUGUCCCAUGACUUUAAUAGCCUGAAUUUAAGCAAAUACAUUGCAGAAGCUGUAGCUUCCAUUGUGGAGGCCAAACUGAAAAUAUCAGACGUGAACUGCGCUGUGCACUUGUGCUCCCUCUUUCACCAGCGAUACGCUGAUUUUGCUCCUUCCUUACUUCAGGCUUGGAAAAAACAUUUUGAAGCAAGGAAAGAAGAGAAGACUCCCAACAUUACCAAGUUAAGAACUGAUUUGCGUUUCAUUGCAGAAUUGACAAUAGUUGGGAUUUUCACUGACAAGGAAGGUUUGUCUUUAAUCUAUGAGCAGCUUAAAAAUAUUAUUAACGCUGACCGAGAGUCCCACACUCAUGUUUCUGUGGUUAUCAGCUUCUGUCGGCACUGUGGAGAUGACAUUGCUGGUUUGGUACCAAGGAAGGUAAAAACUGUUGCAGAGAAGUUUAACUUGAGCUUUCCUCCUAGUGAGAUAAUUAGCCCAGAGAAACAACAGCCCUUCCAGAAUUUGUUGAAGGAAUACUUUACAUCUUUGACCAAACACCUGAAAAGGGACCACAGGGAGCUACAAAAUAUUGAAAGACAAAACAGGCGCAUUCUCCACUCCAAGGGAGAGCUGAGUGAGGAUCGACACAAGCAGUAUGAGGAAUUUGCAAUGUCCUAUCAGAAGCUGCUGGCAAGUUCUCAAUCUCUGGCUGAUCUUCUGGAUGAGAACAUGCCUGACCUCCCCCAGGAGAAGCCAACACCUGAGGAACAUGGACCUGGUAUUGAUAUUUUCACACCAGGAAAGCCUGGAGAGUAUGACCUGGAGGGGGGUAUCUGGGAAGAUGAAGAUGCUAGAAACUUCUAUGAGAAUCUCAUUGACUUGAAGGCUUUUGUACCAGCAAUUUUGUUUAAAGAUAAUGAAAAAUAUUCCCAGAACAAGGAUUCCAGCAAAGAUGAAUCAAGAGAUUCAAAAGAUGCCAAAGAUAAUAAGGAAGCAGCUGGGAAUGAGGAUCUGGAAUUGGAGCUGGAGAACCUGGAUAUUAAUGAUGAUGCACUGGAGUUGGACUGUGGAGAUGAGGCAGAAGAUCUUACAAAGAAGCUUCUUGAUGAGCAAGAGCAAGAAGAUGAAGAAGCCAGUACUGGAUCUCAUUUAAAACUCAUAGUAGAUGCUUUUCUUCAGCAGCUUCCAAAUUGUGUCAACAGAGACCUCAUAGACAAGGCAGCAAUGGAUUUUUGCAUGAAUAUGAAUACAAAAGCCAACAGAAGAAAACUGGUACGAGCACUUUUCAUAGUUCCUAGACAAAGAUUGGAUUUGCUACCAUUUUAUGCAAGACUGGUUGCCACACUGCAUCCCUGUAUGUCUGAUGUGGCAGAGGAUCUCUGUUCUAUGCUGAAAGGGGAUUUCAGGUUCCAUGUAAGAAAAAAGGACCAGAUCAACAUUGAAACAAAGAAUAAAACUGUGAGGUUUAUUGGUGAGCUCACCAAGUUUAAGAUGUUCUCCAAAAAUGAUACUCUGCACUGUUUAAAGAUGCUUCUGUCAGACUUCUCUCAUCACCAUAUUGAAAUGGCAUGUACCUUGCUGGAAACCUGUGGAAGAUUCCUCUUCAGAUCACCAGAAUCUCACCUAAGAACCAGUGUUCUUUUGGAACAAAUGAUGAGGAAGAAACAAGCAAUGCAUCUUGAUGCACGCUAUGUUACCAUGGUAGAAAAUGCCUAUUACUACUGUAAUCCCCCUCCAGCUGAAAAAACUGUGAAGAAAAAACGUCCUCCUCUGCAGGAAUAUAUCCGUAAGCUUCUCUACAAGGAUCUCUCCAAGGUCACCACAGAGAAGGUCCUGAGACAGAUGCGCAAGCUGCCUUGGCAGGAUGCAGAAGUUAAGGACUAUGUUAUAUGCUGUAUGAUCAACAUCUGGAAUGUGAAAUAUAAUAGUAUUCACUGUGUAGCCAACCUCUUAGCAGGGUUGGUCCUUUACCAGGAAGAUGUGGGAAUUCAUGUUGUGGAUGGAGUGCUAGAGGAUAUUCGACUAGGAAUGGAGGUUAAUCAACCAAAGUUCAACCAACGGCGGAUCAGCAGUGCCAAGUUUCUGGGGGAGCUUUACAAUUACCGAAUGGUGGAGUCAGCUGUAAUAUUUAGAACUCUGUAUUCCUUCACCUCCUUUGGUGUGAACCCUGAUGGCAGUCCUAGUCCACUGGACCCUCCAGAACAUCUUUUCAGGAUCAGACUUGUCUGCACUAUCCUUGAUACCUGUGGGCAAUAUUUUGACAGAGGAUCCAGCAAGCGAAAACUUGAUUGCUUCCUUGUAUAUUUUCAGCGCUAUGUGUGGUGGAAAAAAAGUCUGGAUGUUUGGACAAAAGAGCACCCUUUUCCUAUAGACAUAGACUAUAUGAUCAGUGACACCCUGGAACUGCUGAGACCAAAGAUAAAGCUCUGCAAUUCUCUGGAGGAAGCUGUCAGACAGGUGCAAGACUUGGAACGAGAAUUCUUAAUAAAAUUGGGAAUUGUGAAUGACAAAGAUUCCAAGGAUUCCAUUACAGAAGGAGAGAAUCUGGAAGAGGAUGAAGAAGAGGAGGAAGGUGGAGCAGAGACAGAGGAACAAUCUGGAAAUGAAAGUGAAGUAAAUGAGCCUGAAGAAGAGGAGGGUUCUGACAAUGAGGAAGAAGAGGGUGAAGAAGAGGAGGAAGAGAACACAGAUUAUCUUACAGACUCCAAUAAGGAAAAUGAAACUGAUGAGGAGAAUACAGAAGUAAUGAUUAAAGGAGGAGGACUGAAGCAUGUCCCUUGUGCAGAGGAUGAGGACUUCAUUCAGGCCUUGGAUAAAAUGAUGCUGGAAAAUCUUCAGCAAAGGAGUGGUGAAUCUGUUAAAGUGCACCAGUUGGAUGUUGCCAUUCCUCUGCAUCUCAAAAGUCAGCUGAAGAAGGGCCCCCCACUUGGAGGUGGGGAAGGAGAGUCAGAGUCUGGGGACACAAUGCCAUUUGUCAUGUUAACAAGAAAAGGCAACAAACAGCAGUUUAAGAUCCUAAAUGUACCAAUGUCUUCCCAACUUGCUGCAAACCAUUGGAACCAGCAGCAAGCAGAACAGGAGGAGAGAAUGAGGAUGAAAAAGCUCACUUUGGAUAUCAAUGAACGGCAGGAACAAGAGGACUAUCAGGAAAUGUUGCAGUCUCUGGCUCAGCGUCCAGCUCCAGCAAACACCAAUCGUGAGCGGCGGCCUCGUUACCAGCAUCCGAAGGGAGCACCUAAUGCAGAUCUAAUCUUUAAAACCGGUGGGAGGAGACGUUGAUCCAGCCGCCAGUGUCAUUUCAUUAGGUCCUGUAUCUCUGGUGUUGUGGAGUCCUCCAGCGAUGAAACGAGAGCAGUGGACACAUCUCAGCAUGUCAGCCUAGAGCGUUCAGAACCGAAACCUGGGACAGGCUGGGGCCGUGGGGCACGAAGAGCAGCCUCCCCUCUCCCCCUCCACCCCCCCAAAAAAAGCUUUUUGUUAUGGGAACCGCCUUGAGGGUUAAUUCUUCUCACAGGAGCAGAAGCGAAUGAGCGCGAUGGGGAACUUGACCUGCGA